AAGGGAAGUUUUACAAAGUCAUGAUGAUAGCAUAGCGCCAAGGCUGUCGGCGCGAGUAAUUGUCGCGUCGGCCUCCGCGAUCUGACAGGCACCAGUGAUGCACGUCUACAACCGCAACAAUGGUACUCCUCACGGUGACACCCGGUAUAGCCAGGGCUUUGUCGCGAGUCGCAGAGAUACUGCCCGAAGAAUUCUCGAAGCUGCAGAAGCCGUCUGAGCCUGUCCUCGCCGCACCUAAACCCGGUAACCCCAUCUCGCACAGCCAGCUGAUCGACCUGUCGAAGCUUGUGAAGCAGCUGCCUCCCAAUUCGCACCACAACGAUGACACAACGAACGACGCCUCCGUAGAGAUUGAAACACCAACAACUCUCAAUGCACUCCUCCGUAACACCACGAUCUACGUACCACCCCCACCGCCCAAGAAGCAGCAGACGCCCGAGUACCACGCCCUCAUGGCCCGCCUCCGCGCCGAAGAAGAAGCCCGCGCCUACGAGCGCAUGCUAAAUCCACCUCCCACGCGCGAGACAUUCACCCAACGUUUCCCAAAUAGCCGCAACCGCAUGCCCGACCACUUCACCAUCGGCGUCGACGAAGUAGACGACGUUUCGUACGAAGAAGUGCACCGCCAGAUAAUCCUGAUAAUCAACGUCCUGAUAUCCAUUGUCUGCGUCGCCGUCUUCGUGUGGGUGGCAGCGCGACACUGGUCUGUUGGCAAGCGACUGGGGCUCUCUAUGGGCAGCUCGCUGGCUGUGGCCAUCGCUGAGGUGGUUGUGUACAGCGGCUACGUCAGGAAGGUGCAGGAGGCGAAGACAGCAGAGAAGAAGAAACCGGAGAUCAAGGAGAUCGUUGCAAGCUGGGUGUUGGAUCGGAGUACGAAUGAAGAAGCUGUCUUGACUACAUCCAAGGAGAAGGCCGACGAUGGGGUGAGAUACAGGAAGGGCAAACAUCGCUGAACACGUGGAUAAAGCAAACGCCGACACAUGCCAAAGAACAACUCCCACAAUGCUU